AUGGAGGUGCAGUCGUACUACACCAAGCUGCUGGGGGAGCUGAACGAGCAGCGCAAGCGGGAUUUCUUCUGCGACUGCAGCAUCAUCGUGGAGGGCAGGAUCUUCAAAGCCCACAAGAACAUCCUGUUCGCCAACAGCGGCUACUUCCGAGCGCUGCUCAUCCACUACAUCCAGGACAGCGGGCGCCACAGCACGGCCUCGCUGGACAUUGUCACCUCCGAGGCUUUCUCCAUCAUCCUGGAUUUCCUCUACUCGGGGAAGCUGGAUCUGUGCGGGGAGAAUGUCAUCGAGGUGAUGUCCGCCGCCAGCUACCUGCAGAUGACCGACGUGGUCAACUUCUGCAAAACCUACAUCAGGUCCUCCUUGGACAUCUGCAGGAAAAUGGAGCGGGAAGCGGCGUUUUACCAGGCUGACAGCGGCAGCUCGGCCAGGGAGGGCACCUCCGUGGGCUCCAGGAGCGCUGCCUCCGCGUCCUCCGUGCAGGAGAAGAUUCCGGAAUGCCGGCGGGACCCUCCCUGCGGCGACUGCGGCGGCUGCCAGCCCCUGGAGCUGGUGGCCAGGGAGCCGCUGAGCAGCGGCUCCCCCGAUGGCUCCUCGCUGCCCAGAGGGGUGGAACCCAAGGUGGAGUUCGACCCCGACGAGGCGGAGGCGGAGGCGGGCGGGCGGCUGGCACAGUACCCCGCGCCCGCCUCGCUGGAGCAGGUGGAAGAGGGGCAGUCCCUGGAGCUGGCCUGCAACAAUUUCCACAUGAAGCAGUUCCUGGAGGCUCUGCUGCGCAACAGCUCGGCCCCGAGGAAGGAGGACGUGGUGCAUCACUUUGUCCGGGGAUUUGAGGGUAGGGCUGAGGAUGCAGGAGUAGCCGUGAGCUCCAUGAUGGACAUUCACAGCGACUGGUAUGGUGAGGACACAGGUGACGUGCUGGUGGUGCCCAUCAAGCUGCACAAGUGCCCGUUCUGCCCCUACACGGCCAAGCAGAAGGGGAUCCUGAAGCGCCACAUCCGCUCGCACACCGGGGAGCGGCCGUACCCCUGCGAGACCUGCGGGAAGCGCUUCACCCGCCAGGAGCACCUGCGCAGCCACGCCCUGAGCGUCCAUCGCUCCAACAAGCCCAUCAUCUGCAAGGGCUGCAGGAGGACCUUCACCAACAGCCUGUCCCAGGGGCUGCGGCGCUUCGGGCUCUGUGACAGCUGCACCUGUGUCACCACCACCCACGAGGACUCCCUGCCCAUCAACCUCAGCCUCGUGGAGACGGCCUCAGAAGGGCAGGAAAAGGGGGAUGCUGACAAUGAUUGGCCCAUCUAUGUGGAGUCUGGAGAGGAAAAUGACCCAGCGGAGGAUGAUGAUGGCGAUGACAAGCAGGAAAUCCACCGGAGUUUGUCAGACAGAGAGACUUUGAUGUAGCAGUGAGAGGAGAGGGGGAGCACUGAGAGGUUCCCUGGCAGUGUCUGUGACAGAAAACUGCACAUUUGCUCAAGCA